ACGUGGGGCUUCAGCAGCGGAACGUGAGGGGAAAACAGCGCUGGAGGGAACAGUACUAACACAGGACUUUCUUUGGUUGUUCACUUGAUUCGGUGGCGAAAGUAGAAUGGAGGACAACUUUAACGCCGUUCUUAGUUGCGAUGACAAGGAACAGUUGAGGAGGAAGUUGUCCCUGCUUCAGAAAGAGUACCUCCGGACAGCUCAGCGACUUCAGCGUGCAGAGCGAUCAGAGACAGUCCGUAGGCAUGUAAGGAGCCGGAUCUCCCAGCAGAACCAGGAGAGGGACGAAGGCCAAGCCAGCUCAGCUCUCUACCCAGCCUCGUCCCCUCUCACUCUGGGCAGCCCAGGCAGGGCACUCCCAGGCUCAGCUCCUGGCCUGGGCCAUGUUGGAGGUAGCUCGGUGGGCCAGAAGAGGACUCCAUCUGUCCGCUUCCUCCUCCCUGCUGGAGGAACCUGCUCUUCAACCCCUGACCCCGGACAAACACAGGGUCCCUUGUUAAGUCCCGCCCCUCGCCUCAGGUCACGACGAAGCAGCCUUCGUCUGGAGGGGAGGGAGGAGAAGAGGGGGGAGGCGGGUGAGACAGAACAGCUGCUGUCCUGCUCCGAGUCUGAAUCCCCCUCUCUGCUGAUGUCACACUGUGACACAGACACACUGCCUGGGAGGAGGGAGGGAGGAGCUGUAGAAGGAGACGAGGGAGGAAUAGGAAAAGAGGAGAUCAAACAAGGAAAGAGAGAAGGAAGAGAGGAGAGGACUGUUCUGAACUCCUGCACACUGGUGGAGGGUCUGCUUUUCCCGGUGGAGUACUACGUUCGCACAACAAGGCGCAUGACGUCCUCCCAGAGCCAGCCGGAUCUACAUGCAGUCAUUCUGUCUCAGCUCUCCAGGGGGCGCAAGAGAGCCAGACCCACCACACACACCAUACACACACACUCUGUAACACUAGGGACACACACACACUCGUCUCAGGGCACUGACGGCGACCACGUGACCUCAGAGUUGGCUUCCAAUCAGAGGCCUCCAGAGGCCUCCGCAACCCAUCACAUGCCUGCUCGGGAGUCAGUGACCAAUGAGGAUGCGUGUUUGGUCUCCAAAGGCCACAUUGCUGCACCAAUGAGAGGCUGCCUCAAGAGCAGGAAGUGGAGGAGAGGAAACAGGAAGGGGAGGGGUCUGGGAGGAUCUCUGAGUUUAGACUUGCUGGAGGUCGUAGCACCAGACAGACCCCAGCAUCCUGCUGGUCCUGGCCCAGCCUCGCAGCCCCUCCCUGGGGCACCAGGGCGAGAAGGCCAGCCUCUCUCUGGAGGACCAGAGACCAAGGUCUACCCCAUCUUCAGGACCAGCUCUCCUCUACAGAACAGAGGGAGUGUGUCGUCUCUUGGAGAAAGGCAUGCUGGGAGCCUCACACGAGUCCUAACGACCUUCGACCUCCAGGACUUCUAUCUCCCUGACGACCAGUUCGGCAAGCUCAAGCUGGAGAAGCUGCAACGCAUUGUCGUGGAAACGCAGGAACCCUUUGCCGCAUCUCCUUACAGCACCCGACGCAGACACCUCGGCAACCAUAUCUGUGACGAUGACUGGUACCAAGUUGCCGUAGCUACGGCAGAGCCCCUCUCACUUAGCCUCACGCCCUCUGUCAUGGACUCCGCCCCUCCCCUGAAAGAACACAGUUCGAUUGACCAACCUGAGCAGUCUGUGGGACAACAAUCAGAGGAAACGUGUGAGAUUGACAAGCCUCUCGGCCAACCAGAGGUCAUCCCCACUGUAGACUACCAAUCACAAGGUCCCAAAUCUGUGAUGAACUGUAAAUCAGAGGACGAGCAUCGUGACCAAUCUGUAGCCCACCAAUCAGACGCCCAGCCUAUAGAUCAGGAAAUAGUUGAGUGUCCUUCUGAAUGCCCCGCCCCCCAGCAUGGUCCUUCCCAGUUCCUCCUAAGUCCCUCCCUGACCACACCCAUUCAAACAGACCACACCCCCUCAGUGCAAUCCAGCCUCCAUCUACCUCUCCUCGGUCUCACCCCCCUCCUCUCCCCCUCCUCUCUGCCCUAUCUAGGCCCCCCGACACAGGCCCUCUCCCCUCCCCCCCUCUCCCCCCGCCCCUCUGACUCCCCCGUCUCUCCCCUCUUGCGCCUCACCCCUCCGCACCUUAACCGAUUGGAUGACAGAACUCCCCCACCUGCCCCAGACUCCCUGGGGGGAGAGGAAGAGGAGGAGAGGAUGGAGGGAGUCGUCCUGAGGAGAACCCACACGCUGAAGGCCCCUGCAGGAGACAGUGUAGUGGAUGCGUGCUGUGUGUCUUGGCCGACAGGAGAGAUGUGUGUGGCCGUAGCAGGAGAGAGCAGUGUGUGUGUGUGGAGUGUGUGUGUGUGCAGGACACACACACCACCCACAUGGCUGCACACCUGGAACUUCACCGAGCCAGUGAUCAGUGUGUUUCCUGUGCUGGAUGUUGCUGGGCUGCUGUGUGUGACUCUGGGAGAGCUGGAGGUCAGGGAAACCAGGGUCCUGUCCUGUGGUCUUUCCCAGGUGUUGCUGAGCAAGGAGGCGGGGCAGGUGGUAGUGGGCGUGUCCCGAGGCCGUGUGGUUAGCUCCUCCCACUCAGCGGCCCCCCUCAUCCAGGUGUUCUCUCUGCUGCAGGAUGGCAGGGUACAGUCCACCCAGCCUCUCGUGUCCCCAGGUGCGUGUGUGCGUGCGCUGGCUGCUGUGGAGGGGCAGGAGGACGCUCUGAUUGGCUCAACAGACGACGGCCAUCUUGUGUUGUGGAACAUGAGGACUGGCCAGCUACUACAGAGGAUGUUGCUGCAGCAGAGUUUGACUCAGACUAUCUGCCUAAGAGGAUACAGCAGCAGGCAGGGGGUGCUGUUUGUCCUGCUGCAGCACACGUACCACAGCUCCCUGGAGGAGAGGGAGGAGAAGGGAGGAGAGAGGGAGGAGGAGAGAGGAGAGAGGGAGGAGGACAGGAAGGGUGAGAGGAGAGGAGAGCUGUUCUCUCUGCUGGCCACCAACCCUGUAAUUGGAGGCUCUGCUGUGGUCUCUGGACUGGAGCUGCCUGGGGCCUGCUCUGCUGUGGUCUCUGGACUGGAGCUGCCUGGGGCCUGCUCUGGGAGGUUGUUGGAGGUGGAUGUCCUUGGCUCCAGAGUCCUGUAUGUGACCCAGAGGAGUGGGGGGGGCGCCUGGGUGUGUGUGUGUGUGGGAGCUGGGGGCUCCUCGAGGGGGGGCCACGGGGGUAAGAACACCUUGCUGAUGUCACAUCCCAACGGAGACCUGUCUAUCUAUCACUACAGGCCUCAAAGCACCUGACGGGGCACACACGAGUGACAGAAUCCUGUACUGUAGUUUAUUGUAUUAAUCCAAACAUUGUUCUCGGUUACUUGAGUUUUAAAAGAAACGUUUGAAAAAAAGUUUAACCUGCUGUCUUAAAUGUUGCAAUAUAUGUUUUAUUGUAUAUGUCUGAAAUAAAUGUUUAUACAAUUUUGUUUUGUCUUGGCGUGUAUGUCUGACUUUGAAACGACCCCA